AUGGCUAUUGAUAGUCUUGAACAACCUGAUGAAUUAUCUAUAGAACAACAUGAUGAAUUAUCUAUAAAACAACCAAAUAAAUCACCUGUAGAACAAAAUGUGAAUAAUGAUAUGUCAUCUUUAGAAACAUUAUUUAAGCACAUGUUCAUGAAUGCCAAGCUUAUCUGCUUAACAUCUAUAGAAGUUCCAUACUUCUCUUGUUAUCUUUAUCCAGAU